AUGCCUUUCGCUCGCCGGAAGACAUCACCACUUUUCCUGUCGGAGACGUUCAUCAUGAAGCACGCGGCAUUCCACGGCCGGAAGAAUGGUAACCUCUCGAUCUUCGUCGUUGUCUUCUCGGUCUUCCUCUUUGCGUUGUUCGUAUACAACGAGAACAUCAGGUCCAUUGCCGAGUUCCCCUUCUCCUCCGGCACCAGAACCAAAUCCCAGGAGGUCGCUGACCAACACCAAGACCUCUCCUCCACCCAAGAAGACUUCCAGGUCAGGAACCACCACCAAAUUACAAAGCUCCAGGAGAGCUCAACAACGGAGGUGGAGGCCCGACAAGAAGGGCAAGGGGAGAGGCCCAUAAAGGUGGCUUUCACGGAUGAGGACGGCCCCAGGGUUCGGCUACCGGUGCUCGAGGAGGAAGAGGAGGCGGCGGCCCACGAGGAGCGAGCAGCCGAGACCGGGCCUACUAAGGAGAAGGUCGGAAGAGAGGAGAGCUUGGACAGCGUGCCGGAGGGGUGCGAUCUGUUCACCGGCAAGUGGGUGUACGACAACGUGACACGCCCGAUUUACGAGGAGCAUGAGUGCGAGUUCCUCACGGAGCAGGUUACGUGCAUGAGGAAUGGAAGGAAGGACGAUUCCUACCAGAAGUGGAGGUGGCAGCCUCGCGAUUGCAACUUGCCUCGGUUUGAUGCGAGGAUAUUGUUGGAGAGGCUAAGAGGGAAGAGGCUAAUGUUUGUGGGGGACUCGUUGAACCGGAACCAGUGGGAGUCCAUGGUGUGCCUGGUCCAGUCUGUGGUUCCUCCGGGCAAGAAGACCCUCGUUAAGAAUGGCUCCCUCAAUGUCUUCCGGGCCGAGGAGUAUAAUGCUACGGUGGAGUUCUACUGGGCACCGUUCUUGGUAGAAUCGAACUCGGACGAUCCAAACGUGCACAGCAUCCAGAACCGGAUCAUCAUGCCAGAAUCGAUCAAGAAGCAUGGGAAGAAUUGGAAGGGAGUGGACUACCUCAUCUUUAAUACCUACAUCUGGUGGAUGAACACCUUUAACAUGAAAGUCCUGAAAGGAUCAUUCGAUGAGGGAGCAACGGAGUAUGAUGAGGUAGACCGGCCUAAAGCCUACAGGAGGGUCCUGAAAACAUGGGCUAAGUGGGUGGAAAAGAAUGUGGAUCCCCAGCGAACAAUGGUCUUCUUCAUGAGCACGUCCCCUAAUCAUAUCAAGAGCGACGAGUGGGACAAUCCAAACGGGAUAAAAUGCGCCCUGGAGACGCAACCGGUGAUAGACCUUCCGCACGCGCUGGACGUGGGGACGGACUGGCGGCUGUUCGACCUGGCGAGCAACGUGACGAGGUCGAUGCGGAGGGUGGCGGUGUGGUUCGUGAGCAUCACCGCGCUGUCGGAGCUCCGGAAGGACGCGCACACCUCCGUCCACACGCUGCGGCAGGGGAAGCUGCUGACGCCGGAGCAGCAGGCGGAUCCGGCCAAGUUCGCCGACUGCAUCCAUUGGUGCCUUCCGGGUCUCCCGGACACGUGGAACGAGUUCCUCUACGCCCGUAUCGCCUCCAGUCCUCGGCGCCUCUGACCGAUUGAUGAUAGAUACGCUUUUUUCUUUUUUCUUUUUUUUUUUUGUUGUAUUUUUAUUUUUUUUUCUUACUGUAUUUUGCAUUUUUUGGAAUCAUCUUGGGGUGGCGUGGAAGAAAGUUAAAGGGGAAGAAGAAUUAUUAAUUAGGCGACUGGGGAAGAGCUGGCAAUGACGUUGACUUGUUAAGCUGUUGGAGAAUUUAUUAGAUGACCAGGUCAAUGGACCAGUUCGAUAGCCACUCGCCACGUUACCCUCCGUGUAUUUAAAGUUUUCGUGAUCAGAUGAGGGAUGUCACCUGGACUUAUCCUCAGAUUUGAAUUUAUCCAUCAGAUCUGGUCCAUCUAAUAAUUUCUCAAUUUGUCGGUCAUCACCAUCGUAGCGAUGAUGAAAAUGGUUAUCACGGACCAAUCGUUUCUUAACAGUAUUUUUUAUUUACAAAUGGACAGGGAAAUUAGUAAGUGUAAACUCGAAAAAUUCUUGGAAAAUGAUAUUUUGUUUUUGGAUGAACCCUA